AUGGAGUAGAAUGUCCUGCAGCUCUAACCGGCAGACAGCUGAGGGAUACUUUCAGACGAGAGCUUGGGGUGGUUCUGGAAGGACUCUAUCUGUAAAUUUAAGCCAUGGGGAAGGAUUACUAUAAGAUCCUUGGCAUUCCUUCAGGCUCAAAUGAGGAUGAAAUCAAAAAGGCCUACAGGAAGAUGGCUCUAAAGUUCCAUCCGGACAAAAAUAAGGAUCCCAAUGCUGAAGAGAAGUUUAAGGAAAUAGCAGAAGCUUAUGAGGUCCUGAGUGAUCCCAAAAAGAGAGUUAUCUAUGACCAGUAUGGAGAGGAUGGUUUGAAAACAGGUGGCACGGGUUCAUCUAGUGGACAAGGGACUACAUAUCACUAUACUUUUCAUGGGGAUCCACAUGCCACAUUUGCUUCCUUCUUUGGAGGUUCCAACCCCUUUGAUAUAUUCUUUGGCUCUAGUCGGCAACGAGGAAAUACUAAUGGCUUUCCGGACCAUGGGGACCAUGACAUGGACAUUGACAUGGAUGGAGAAGAUGAUCCUUUCAGUUCGUUCAGCCACUUUGGUUUCAACGGUGUCAAUGGUUUUCAUCAUGGUGGAGGUCGAAGGCAUCGUAACGAGCCUCUUCAUGGUGGCCGCAAGAAAUUACAGGACCCUCCGGUGGUACAUGAGCUCAAAGUGUCUCUAGAGGAGAUCUUCCAUGGAUGUACAAAGCGGAUGCGAAUCACUCGCAGACGAUUGAACCCAGACAGAAAGACAAUGAGGACAGAGGACAAGAUCCUUAAUAUUGUCAUCAAGAGAGGUUGGAAGGAAGGGACCAAGAUCACUUUCCCUAAAGAGGGGGAUGAGACACCUGAGAACAUUCCUGCUGAUAUUGCAUUUGUGCUCAAGGACAAGGGGCACCCACUCUUCAGAAGAGAUGGCUCCAACAUCAUUUACACAACCAAGAUUGGUCUAAAGGAGGCGUUGUGUGGCUGCACAGUGAACAUUCCCACUAUUGACAACCGAGCCAUUACAUUGCCCUGCAAUGACAUCAUCAAACCAGGCACAAUCAAGAGACUGCGUGGAGAAGGCCUGCCUUUCCCAAAAAACCCAUCCCAACGUGGGGAUUUAAUAGUGGAGUUCCAGGUGCGCUUCCCAGACAGAAUCCCACCCCAGUCCAGAGAGAUCAUCAAACAGCACCUUCCACAGUCUUAGAGGGAGCUCAGCGGAGUCACUGGAUGCUUACAUUUCUCACACAUACACAUUUCUCCCAAAAGUACAGAUGCUGAAUUCAAAGAGGGACAAAUAUGGACAAGAGGGUCAUUUGAGAUUUUAUUAUACAUUCACUUUUAAGUUAUUUUCAAUAUCUCAAAACACAUGAAAUGCUGUUUUCUUUUUAGAAGUAUUGAAAAAUUUUGUUACCCCAAGGUCUAUGGCUUUCAACCUGGACUUGACUUUCAGAAAUUUUCCGUGGUCACUUUACAAUAAGGUUCCAUUAUUUAACGUUAAUGUAUUUACUAACAAGAACUAAGAAUAAAUGCUUUUAGAGCAUUUAUUAAUUGCAGGUCAACAUUUACUAAUUCAGAAUUAAAACUCAAAGUUGUGCUUGUUACGUUGACGUACUGUAUUUCACAGCUACUUGCCACAAAACAUUGUUCUGAGCUGUUAUUGUUUAUUCAUUCUUUAAAUGUAAAGUUGACAAAGACAAAAACAGGUUAAUUGAGCUGAUGGAGCAUUUACUAACCUCCUCAUUACUCAGUUACAAAAUGGGGCCAAACAGUCAAAAACGCAAAAGAUGACAGAAACGAAACCGGCUGAAUGGUGCACAGACUUACAUAUUAUUCAUUUACAAGAUGUGGCUAAACAGUGGCAUAAUAGACAGAAGUUCCCAGUCAAGGCUGUGUUAUUCAGUGGUUGUUAUCUUGUAAUAACAUAUCUUGAAAUGUCAUAAGUGACCAAUCAGAAUGGAGUAUUCCAAAGUCAUGUAAUAAGAGUCAAUGCACUGUGAGUUAACAAGAACCAUCAAUGCACGACUGCAUUUUUAUUACCUAACAUUAACAAAGAUGAAUAAAUACUGUAAUAAAUGCAUUGUUCGUGUUAGAAAAUAGUUUAACUAACAUUAACUAAAGGAUCCUUAUUGUAAAUGGUUUCCAACUGGUUUUAUCCUCUCUCUCAACAUAAUGAAGACAAAAGGUAACAAGAAAGCAAAAUGUUUUUUAAAUUAAAUGUUUUUUAGGUGUUUUUUAAAAGGAAGGGAAGUUGAAUUUUUUGCUGUGAUGAUGAAGAUGCGGAUGAUUUAGAUUUGUUCUGGUUUUGAAUCUGUGUUAUUUUGUAGGAGGUUAAAUUUCACUCCAUUUUGAGAAUCGAUAAGCUAUAAUGUUGAAUGUUGAUGUAUGUAAGGCGACAAGGAUUUUUAGGAUUCCUUAAAACCAGCAAAGCUAUUUGGAAACAAUAGUUGAUAUAUUUCCUCUCCCUGACCCUGUCUCAACAGUCUACUGGUGCUUUCUGGUUGUUUUUGGAGUACCGGGUGCUUGUAUUUAUAGUAAACCUUUGAUGGUGGGAUUUUUAGGUCACAAAAAAUGAGUGCCUUAAUGUGGCCCCAUCUAGCUCUUUUAUCUCAUUAGCAAUUACAUAAGACCUGGGUAUUAAUAAAACAGUAAUCUGGAUUUUCUUUGUCAUUUCAAUACCCCAAGAUAAUAUAUUGCAGUAAUCAUCUUUAAAGGGACAUUUCACUCAAAACUGAUCUAAUCAUGUUCUCGAUUAUCAUGGGCCCAAUCAUACACCCGGCGCAAGAUGUGUUUACCCCGACGUGUUGAAAUUUUCAGACCAACACAACCUUAGUUUUUUUGUUUUCUGCCACGUUGCUUAAAUAGCAAACCCAUUUGUGCCACUUCGUGGACUGUUUCGAUCUGGAAAGAGGUGUGUUAAGGCGCAUUGCUAUUUUGAGGAACUAAAAAUAGACAGCUGAAAGCAGGUGUAAAGUCCAACGCAGAACGUGUCUGUUGUGCGCCUUAAACACUUACACAUUGCUUAAGACAUGCAGGAUGUACAGAAAUACAGAAAUAUAUUUACAAAUGAAAAAGAGUUAAAGGAAUAAAUUAUAAAACUAUUAUUUUCUACAUAAAUAAAAAACACUACCUCCUCCACUACCAGUUUUCCAUUCCUGGCAACUUGCUUAUGUAUAAUGAUAUUUUUAUUAUUAGAAUUAUAUAUUAUAUUUAUAUUUGUAUCUAAUUUAAUUUGGACCAUAUGGGGUAUAGCAUGUGUUUUAGGAUAUAACUCAGUUUUUUUAGCACACUUCGUUAUUAUUGUUCAUUUCUUCGUUUGCUGGAAAUUAGAACUGAAUUUAGAAAUAGUUUUGAAACAAAUCUUUGUGCUUAAUAAACAAAAUUAUUUAUGUAGGCUAAUGGAUGUCUGUGCUUAUUACAUCAUGUCCUUAUCCUUGACAAAGAGAAAGUGAAAGCAAAGACAGAAUAAGCAAAGCCCUGUUAGACCAUAUUUGUGGGCACAGAGUGUUUUUUUCUGUCCUUAAAAUAGCAAAAGUGGAUUUGGACAUGCCCUUAUUGCUUUUGCGCCAUGUGCUUUAGACUGUGUGCCUAGAUCAUUAAAAUAGAGCCCCAUAACUUAUGAUGUUAGUUUGGAACAUGAAGAGUUAACACCAACAAAAUGGUCCUGCCGGUUUUUCCAGAUAAUUAUUUUUAUACAAGUAUCUGAUAAAGAAAAAAAAUAAAUUGACCUACACUAUCUUUGUCGUGUACACAACAUUUUACAGUUGGGUCAGAAAAAUCAUCCUUGCUAGCAGUUUCUUUUCUUUUUAACUAUCUGAAAAGAGUUUCAGAGAAUUACAAAAUAAUUUUACGAAAUAACUUGUGUUCCUUAGAAAAAGUAAAAUCUUAUGUGAUUUGGGCAACAUAACGGCAGAAGUUACUGCAUUAUAUUAAAUUAUUCUUGGAUAUUGAAGAGAAGUUUAUUUAUAAACUAAUUUUGAGAGGAUCACAUGUUUAUGAUUGCCCACAGCCGGUCCCGCAUAAGCUAACACAUGAGUCCAUACCUGCCAACACGCCUGUUUUUCCUGAAAGUCUCCCGUAUUUCAGACCCAUCUCUCAUGUUUGUCUGUCUCCUGGAAUUUGACAAAUUUUGGCAAGCAUGGCAAACACGGUUUAUAAUCAAUCAUCAGCUAAGUGUGAACUCUUAAAUGACAAAAAAUAUCCAGAUUUGUCUUUUUAAUAUACACGCCACCGGCUCAUGCUUUAAAAGAGAACAUCCUCCAACAUGGAGCAUGACCAUUUCAGAUUAUUAAACACCAUUUUUCUUUAUAUAAGCGAAAGAAAGAGAACGAGAGCAUAUGUUUCUUAAUGUUUAUUGAAGUGUUGGAAGAUUGAAGCUAAAAACUGAUUUAUUUAUUUAUUUUUUAAAUGCAGAUCUUUGUUGUUCAGUAAGCACGUCUAGUUAUUUCAAGCUUUUUUAUGAGGAAAAUUAUUUGUUUAUCAAACAGCUUUUUACUACAACAACAGUUUCACUAUACUGUAUUUUACACUUACAAUGUGUUCAACGUUGAAUAAUUUGCAAUAGUUCUUUGUAUUUUAGUUUAGAUUUCUACAAAGCGCCUCCCUUUCAAUACAAAAUACUGUCUUUCUACAGUAAUGGGAGCCUUUGAGUAACAGUAUUUUCUAUAUAAACAACACUUUUCACUUAUCCAGGGUUACAUUCAGUAUAUCUCUCAGACAUAACUAUGGUGUUUAUUUAAUCAUUACUGUAUUUGGUGAUGAACUGAAAGUAUGAAGCAACACAACCUUUUUAAUGACUGGUGUCGAAUUGUUUUAUGAUGUGCUGAUCUAUGUUAGGAUUGUUAUAGCAUUGUACUCAUGAGACUUCUGGACGGCCAGACACUUGUGUUGUGAAUUUGAAUGUCCCAUGUUUAUUACUUCUGUCCUUAUGUAUGAGACAGUAUGAAAUCCAGCUCCCUUUGCACACUGGGAGGAUAAACCGAUGCUGAAAACAAACGCUGUGUUAGUUUCCUGUGACUUAGAUUGGGUCUAGAUUGGUGUCUGUUUAACUGUUUAUAUUUUUUAAUGAAUGAUUGACAGGAAACAAGAAAUAAACCAAAAUGAGGAUUUAC